AAUGGAUAUUUGGAGGCACAUCCAAGAUGGUUUCUUAUAACCUGUCAAGGUUUUAUAAAAUUCACGUAUGCAUGAAGAACAAAAAGUCUACUUUUCGGACUGGUUUUUGUUUUUAAAAAUUAUUUUCUUUUUUCUCCAAAAACAUCAUUUAAUGCAGAAAAUCUCAUUUUUGUUACUUUUGCUUAAAAAUAUAUUUGUAACAAUAACAAUCACUUUUGAGAAAAAAAAAACUUAAUGCAUUAUAAUCUUCAUUUAAAAUAUAAUAAUGUUAUAAUAAAAAUAAUAAAAACCUAGGAAGGUUUUUGUGAGAUCUUAGUUUUUAAUGGAUGUGGUGCCAUCUUGUGGCUGCUUAUAGAAGCACUCUUGGAAUUGUAAGAAGUCUUGGAAUCAUAAACUGUUUAGAGUGGCUGCACUGGCAUAGCAAACACAUGACAUUACACUCAGACGAUCUUAAAAAGCACUGUCCGCUCACUGUCUCUUAUGACUGAGUAAAAACAGGUUUAUUCAGGAGGUAUAUUAAACAAAAUCUUGCUCAUCGGGCAUCCCGAGUUUGAGUCCUGGCUUAUGGACCAUUUCUGUCCCUCCUAUCUUUCUCCCACUUCACUUCUUGUCAACUAACUGUCCUUAAUAAUACAAAGUUCCUGUUUUGAAGGAUUAGGGGUAUGUAUAAUAUGAGGUAUGUAAUUAUAGAACAGUCAGACAUCAACAGUCUAUUCUGUUCUGUUCUAUUGUAUUCUGGAAAGCAAUGGUUCACCCAAAAAUCUACUUUACUUUACAAAAAUGUAAAACCUGCUUACUUACACUAUGCUGUAUGACCCUCUUUCUUUUUUCAGUCCACGAAUUAAGAAAAUAAUUUUUAUCAAUAUAAUUUAUAUAAAAUGUCCAGCUCAUGCUCGUCCAUACAAAAUAUGUGAAAAAGCUAGUCACUAGUUAAUAAAUCAUAAUACUAGGAAACCUAAAAAUUAUACAUAUGCUUUGAUCAAAGUGGGUUCUUGAAUUUAUAUCUGUCAAGAAAUAUUCACCUCAAAAAAGAAAGUACAUGCAUACUUGUAUACUUUUUAGUGGUGUUUUGAUAGAUCUGAUUUUUCUUGCACUUGUUGCUUCUGAAAUGCUGCUGUAAUACGGUCUCAUGGAUGUGCAGUCACGACCACUAUUAUUCUCUAAAUAAUAGUAAAUAAUGAUCAGUUUUUCACCAACCCUUAUGACGUGCCCUCGUAACACUCGGAAAAUAGGGCACAAGUCACGUGAGAUCAAUUCUGUCGUGCAGUACAGUUGUAUUUUUUUCUUAAAAGUUUAAAGGUGGUUGCUCCCAUUAUAUGGAUGAGCAUGAACAGGAUUUUUAUUUACUAUUUUAUUGUGGUCUAAAAAAAAUUAUGAUAUUUCAACAUUGACAGAGUAAUUUAAUAAUGACUUCACUUUUCGUUUUUGGAUGAAAAAUCCCUUAAAAUUGAUUCAUUUCUAUUCUUUUGUCUUCAUGUUCAUCACGUUCUUUUCUGUUCGGUUUUGUUCUAUUUAAGUGUGCUUUAUUCUAUUCUUUUUCUGUAGUGGUGUCUGGUUUAAGGGGACUGUUUACCCUGAUUAUAAUCCUGCGUUUGGUUGUGUUACUAGGAAACAGUGAUCCUGAGAGCAUGUUGAUAUGCUCCGUUGUGUAUCAGGUGUCCUGCUCGGCAGUCUUCUGAUGCGAGCUGUGAGGUUGUGAUCGGAGGUGAAAUAUAGGCCAGGACAUUGUACGCGGUCAGUCCGAUUCCUCAGAGAUCAAUUAAACGCUGUCCCGUUAGAGCUCACGCUGUGCCCUUGUGUACGCAGAAACCUUGUGCAGUUGGCUCGCGCUUUACGGAGAUCAUUAACAGUGUCCAGAACUUCAUAAAAAAAUCUCUUGAUCCUGGGAUUAAAUUCAUGCGUGCGUCUAUGUGCAUUCUGAAGCAUUUGACACCUGAUUGGUUCACAGACACGUUUGGCAGCUCUGAUGGUGUCGGUUUUUCAUGCUGUGUUUUCUCAAGCACGUGAAUGUGUCCCCAGCACACUGACCCACACUCCUGGGAUAGUUCCUCCAAAAAUGAAAAUUCUGUCAUUAUUUAUAUUAUUAUGACAUUCUAAACUCAUGUGACUUUUUCUUAGAAAAAAUAUUUGUUAUAGACUAAAAAUAAAUGUGACUCGUGAUGAAAAAAGAUGAGACAUAAAAUGUAGUUUAAAAAUAUUUUAUCCAAAUUAUAUAUAUUUUAUUCAGUAAAAAAAAAGGAAAAAAAUAUAGAGAGUUUUAUAAAGUUUUCAUAUUGGGUUGCCAAAAAAUUCCAUCAAAAACCUUCAAACUGAAAUAAAUCCUAACAUUGAUCGCAUUUAUAUUUUGUUUGCGAUUUUACUGUAAGUGCUGAAUAAAUGCACUUACACGACCUCUGUGUUGUUUUAAGGGAAAACCAUAAGUGUGAUUCGGCAUCAUUGGAAUUAAUAUGUGGAAUGUCAGUGUUUUAGCUUUUGAUUUUGACCAGUUUUCAUAAUGUGGAAAUUGAUCAUUUAUAUGAUGAGGUAAAAUAAGUGUAUAAAGCCCCAUUCACACCAAGCAUGACAACGAUAAGGAUAACUAUAAAUAUAAAGAUAUUAGUGUUCUUGAGCUCUCGAGGACAAGAUAGAAUCUGAUUGGCUGUUCAUGUUUGAAUCAUUCAUCAGCUGAAAAAAUUGUUCUAAAAAUUCAUCAGCUAUAUCGUUUCUCUGUGCCUUUAUUAUUAUAUUUGUGGUGUGGAUGCUGCAUUAUCUUUAUAGUUAUCCUGCUUGGUUGGUACAGUGAAAAAUAUUUGUGAUUAUCUAUUUAACUAUUGGGGAGCAUGACACAUAGUUUUCUUGGACUAAAACUAGGUUAAAAUUCACAGAUCUUUAGUCUAAUAAAACUAGACGAAACAAAAACAGUACUGGUUGACUAAACAUAUUUCAUAUUUCACACAGGACUCGAGACUAAAUUUAAAAACUAUAGUUUGGCUCCAGAACAAAAAAAACCCACACUGUACAAUUAUGUAAAUUAAGGUGCUUUUUUUAAGGUGCGUUCUGCAAAAAUAUCUUGUGUUUCAAGGAAAAAUGAAAUUUAUAUGGGUCUAGAACGUCAUUGAAAGUGAAUAAAUGAUGACAGAGUUUCCUCCUCUCCUCUGUCUUUGGGUUUAGUAAUAUUGCGCAGCAGCUGUGACCUUUGCAGUAGCGUUAUUGUGUAUUUGUGCUGUGACAGCUUUAGAGCCGAUGUGUUGUGAAGAAUUCUCACCUCUGCGAGUACAAGUGUGUUUCGUUGGAAAUGGAUCCAGUGUGUGUGUGUGUGUGUGUGUGUGUGUGGGGUCUGGCAGUAUUUGCAGGUUGGAAACAGGAGCAGUCUCUGCGCGUGCAUGUGUGUUUGGGUGUUCGUUUACCGUUUAGUGUCCAGCCCUUUUUGCUUUCAGAGAGCCGUGUGUGUGAGAGCUCUUCCUCCGGACAGUACUGCCAAUGAUGGGACAGAUGUCACAUAGUGAUUGUUUUAGUGUAAAUAGAAGCUUAGCGUACUGUAGUAGUGUAUGCACGCGUAUAGCAGUGCUCAGGUCAGACGGUAAGUGAAAAGGCAAAGCAUCAUGAGGUCAGAGUGGGAUUCAGACCCUGAUGACUGCGACUGGGGUGACAGUGAGGAAGAGGACAAUCAGCAAACUCUGAGGGAGGACAUCAGAACAGCUAACGUCAUCGCAGCAGAGUCUGUCACCUGCCUCGUGAUUGACAGAGACUCAUACAAACACCUGAUUGGAGGUCUGGAAGACGUAUCUAACAAAGGCAGUGAAGACGCAGAGGCAAAAGCAAAAUACGAGGCAGAGAACGCAUUCUUCUCCAACCUAAACCUGUCUGACUUCAACAUCAUCGACACUCUUGGCGUUGGAGGAUUCGGUCGUGUUGAGCUGGUGCAGCUCAAGAGUGACGAGAUGAAGACAUUUGCGAUGAAGAUCUUAAAGAAGCGUCACAUUGUGGACACGAGACAGCAGGAGCACAUCCGCUCGGAGAAACUGAUCAUGCAGGAGGCACAUUCAGACUUUAUAGUCAGACUCUACAGAACUUUUAAGGACAGUAAGUAUCUCUAUAUGCUGAUGGAGGCGUGUUUAGGUGGAGAACUCUGGACUAUUCUCAGAGACAGGGGCAACUUUGACGAUUCAACUACGCGUUUUUACACAGCCUGCGUGGUUGAGGCAUUUGCUUACCUGCAUUCCAAAGGCAUCAUAUACAGAGACCUCAAACCAGAGAACCUGAUACUAGACCACAGAGGCUACGCCAAACUGGUGGAUUUUGGCUUUGCUAAGAAGAUCGGCUUUGGGAAGAAGACGUGGACAUUCUGUGGUACACCGGAGUAUGUGGCUCCAGAGAUCAUCCUGAAUAAAGGUCACGACAUCUCUGCAGAUUACUGGUCCCUCGGUAUCCUCAUGUACGAGCUGCUGACCGGCAGUCCACCUUUUUCAGGACCGGAUCCAAUGAAAACAUACAACAUCAUUCUUAGAGGCAUCGACAUGAUAGAAUUCCCCAAAAAAAUUACCAAAAAUGCUGCCAACCUCAUCAAGAAGCUAUGCAGAGACACACCGUCUGAAAGACUAGGAAACUUGAAAAACGGUGUCAAAGACAUCCAGAAGCACAAAUGGUUUGAAGGGUUUAACUGGGAUGGGUUGAGAAAGGGGACGCUGACGCCCCCCAUCAUCCCUAAUGUAACAUCAUCCACAGACACCAGUAACUUUGAUAGCUUUCCAGAGGACAACGAAGAUCCGCCGCCUGAUGACAACUCAGGCUGGGACACAGACUUCUAAACAGGCUUGAGCACACACGCGCACAGACACACAACACUGCUCACAACGGGACGGCUGCACUACUGGAAAGACUGGAGAACAAAAGUGGGAAGAAGCGGGAGGAGAAGAGCUGAAAUGAAGCGAGCACGUGUCUGUGCGUGUUCACCAUGACCCAUGAUAACCACCUUUACUGUGAGCUGACUGAGGAGACGGUCCAUUUAGGGAAAAGCUUGUGACCUCAGCAAAGUGUUCUUCUCCCUGAUUGGCUGCGAACUCUUCAUUCGCCCGUCCGUGUGCAGACUACUCGUAAGAAGCCCACACUGUAUGUCGCAGGAGUCCAGACAGACCUGAAUGUUGCUCUUAAAAGUAAUACUCGUUCGUUAUAGCACAUGUACAUAAUAGCAUUGCAUCACACCCUUGAGAUACUCACGCAUACAUGUAUCGGUUUAUCUGUCACGUGCAUCACACUCUUCAAACACAUCAUAUCUUCUCGCCUCUCUUCGCUGUUAAUUUAUUGUCCUGGCGGACGGCCAUUACGGUUUAUGAUAUUCUGAGCCCAGCGCUGGUCUUCUCAAACUUCAACCAAUGAAAUGAUGUGCCUCAAAUUCAUAGCUCCAUUAACAGUGUACUGUAUUUACCGUCUCAGAUUUAGAAGAAUUAGGAGAUAAGUACUGACCACUGUGAUCGGCCAGAUUUGAAACGGGAAUGGAUGCGGGAUUGGGUUGCCUUCUACGGCCGUUCUUGAACCCGACUAAUUCAAAUUGCAACGCAAUCCUGAUUUCUCCAGAGAUUCAGCCGUAUCAGAUCAUGAACAGUAUUAGUGCCUUAAAUCAACGGCAUUCUGCGACGCUCCUCAUGCUGCAUGUCAGAAUACGAUCCUUUCAGCCUGCUGCUGUCCAUCAGACGCGCUCUAAGGUUUUUGGGUUUUUUUUACACAAUAAAGCAACUGUUUUAGACACUCCCUGUGUCCUUACAUGAUCUGCCACGGUCUUUUACGGAUCCGAAAUGUUUCAAAUGUGAAUUGUUUAAGGCUGUUUUUUUAUUAUUUAGUAAAUUAUUUAUUGUAUUUUUUAAGUGCAAUUUAUUUCUGCGAUGCAAAGCUGAAUUAUCAGCAUCAUUACUCCAGGUUUCGGUGUAACGUGCUCCUUUAGAAAUCGUUCUAGUUUGUGACUCAAGAAUAUUAUUAUAUCCAUUUGAACCGAGGCAACAUUUAUUCGAUUCAAAAAGCUGUAAAAUGUUAAUAUUAAGAAAUAUUAGUACAAUUUAAAAUAAAUGUUUUCUAUUUUAAUAUAAUCUAAAAUGCAAUUUACUAAUUUAAAUAUGUUAAAACAUUUUUAAUAAUAAUGUUGAAUAGUUUUUCAAAUAAAUGCUGCUCCUUCUAAAUCUGUAGUUUAUCAACGAAUCCUAAAAAACUGUUUCCACAAAAACAUUAAGCAUAUUAGAAUGACUUCUGAAUGAUCAUGUGACACUGAAGACUGGAGUAAUGAUGCUGAACAUUCAGCUUUAUAUCACAGGAAUAAUUACAUUUGAAAACA